AUGGUCCACCAAUACGGUGAUCACACCACAAUUCCAGACCAGCACCGGGUCGACAAACCUGGAGCCUGGUUCCCCGCCGACCACCGGGUCCAUCGUGAAUGGUUACGGCGCAAAGUCAGCCACGUCGACGACCAUGGCGAUAAGGAGCUCAUCCCUGUCCUACGCGAGUUCCAGCAGCUGAUCGAGGAGAAUCCCCGCAUCUACAUGUACUUCACAGAAAUGUGGGAUGAGAUUCCGAACAAGCCCCCGUAUGUGAACGACCCGACGGGCAAGUCCCAGAUUCGGGACUAUCCACACAUGCUACAGGUCUUGAACCACGUGUUCGGGACUGCCCCUGAAUGGACGGACGCGGCUGCAAGUGUAGGUAUGGUGGGUGUGCCGAUGGCCGCCAUUUUUGACUAUGCCAUGGGCACACCAAGCGGCCAUGCCGCUUUCUUAGACCCUGAUGUGAACAAGAUGCUGAAGAAAAUACUCAACGAAUGGGGAACAUACUUGAAGUCUCCUGAGUCUGCGGAGGUGCUCGGCGACCAUCAAGCAGGCUGGUUCGGAGAGGUGGGCUACAAGGACCUCAUGGAGGUUGCCAAUGCGCCGAACGAGACAACGUUCAAGUUUAAGGAGAUGUACAAGUGUGACCCCUCCAAGAAACACCAUGGCUUCAAGUCCUGGGAUGACUUCUUCACUCGCCAAGUCCAGGAGUCCGCUCGCCCUGUCGCCUCGCCAGACAACAACAAAGUCAUUGCCAACCCCUGUGAAUCCAAAGUCUACAACAUUGUGCGCAAUGCCAAGCUGCGGGACAAGUUCUGGGUCAAAGGGCAGCCCUACUCAGUCUACGACAUGCUCGCAAACGACCCUCUCGCGGUCGAAUUCGAAAACGCCACCGUCUACCAAGCGUUUCUCUCGGCCCUCUCCUACCACCGCUGGCACUCGCCCGUGUCGGGCACCGUGCGCCGUGCUUUCGUCCGUGACGGCACCUACUUUAGCGAACCGCUCUUCGAAUCUACCACAGCGGCCGGUGUGAGCACCAACAUCGAUACCAGCGGCAUCAAGGUCGCGCAAGGGUACCUCAGUGCCCUGGCCACACGCGCCAUCAUCAUCUUCGAAGCGGACGACCCGAAGGUGGGCCUGGUGGCGUUUGUGGGCAUCGGCAUGGACGAGGUCAGCACGUGUGAGGUGACCGUGGGUGAGGGUCAGCGGGUGCGCAAGGGCGAUGAAAUUGGUAUGUUCCACUUUGGCGGCUCGUCGUUUUGUUUGCUGUUCCAGGAGGGGGUCCGACUGGGCGAAUUCCCGGAGAUUGGACGGCGCGCAAAUGUACCUGUCCGAGGGAAGUUGGCUGUUGUUGAGUAG